AUGUUUUAAAAAGUUAACAAAACUCGCCCUAAACUGAAGGGAUUAUUUUAGGAUGCAAGCAAAGAAUAAGGAUAAUUUAAUAAGAUUUAGAUGACAAAUGAAAAUUAACAAGGUUAAAGAAGAUAAAAACACCAUGAUAGCUCAAACUCAAAUUUGAAAUAAUCUAAUUAAAAUACAUAAACAAAUCAACAAAGAUAAACAAGUAAAUCUUCAGAAAAAUAAGUUAAUACAAGCAAGGAAUCUAAGAGCAAAGAUUCAGUUAGAGAAGAAAAGGAUCACACAGAACUUAGAUAAUCAAAGAUGAGUUAAAUUACUUUAAGAAAGUCAGAUAUGUCAAGUCAUUCAAGAUCAGUAAAAGAUUUAAGUAGCUUAGAUUAUUUAAGGUAUAAAAGAGAGCAAUCUCGUGAGAGAGGAGAAUAUUAUGACAUGGGAGGAGGAGUCUAUAAAAAUUAUAAAUAUGAAAAGCUAAAAUUGCAAAGACCUGAAUUUUGUUUUCUAUCUUCAAAACCUUUAGAUUUCUUUAGCAAAAGCUUGAAUUCUAAUCCUAAUAAAAACUGCACUGAGAAUGCUAUUCAAAGUAUAAAGAGAUAAUAAGAUAUAGUAAACAUAGGAAUGGCAGAUAUUAAAAAUAAAAGUCUAUUAUUAGAAACUCCAGUUUAUUAAGAGAUUAAGUAAAAAAUGUAAAGUGAUAUUUUAAACUGUUAAGAAAGGCUUUAUCCUUUUGAAGAAAAAUAAAAAAUCAAGAAAAAGCUUGAUUAGCUCGAUUAAUUUAUCAAAGAAAAAAAUAAUUUGUCAACUUCACCAUCUUUAAUUUUGUAAACUUCUAUAAAUAGCAAUAAUGCAAGGGGUGAUAUUAAUUUUCCUUCUGUGUAAUCUGCAAAGGUAAAAGACAAUUUUUUGAAUAAUGAAAACUCUUAAAGAUUAAGCCAGAGUCAAAUGAGCAGUUAAAAUAUAAAAAACUUAGAAUCUGAUAAAAAGUGGAUAUCCCCUAUGAUCAGAUACGAGAGUUUGGAUACUGUUAAAUAUAAGCCAAAUCAAAAUAGCAUAUCAAAAACGGAUAUCAUCCUUAAGAAUGAGUUAUUUUAGUAAGGAUAAUAAGGAAUUAAAUAAAAAAAAUAAUCAAAAUAUAGCAGUGAAAAUUUAAAUAGAAAUGAAAAUGGUGAUCAUGAUGAUCAGUAAAAUGAUGCAUUUUGCUUGAAUGUAAUUAAUUUUAAUAAAGCAUUUAAGGGAAAAGGCUAAAAGAUGUACUGUUUGUUAAAUACCGAAAAUCACAAUCCACUUAAAUUUAAAAAUAUGGGUGAUCUAAUUAAAUCUAUGAAUAAGAAGUCAUAGCACUUAUUAAUUGUAGAGGAAUUCAAUAGGCUACUACAACUUGAUAGAAUAUAGUAAGCCAAAAAAAGGACGAAAAAGAUAAAAACUAAAAUGGAUGCUAAAAUAGAUGAGCAAGCCUUAUUCAAUCAGAUAAUAACUCAUGACUACUGUAUUUCAUCUGAAACUUUUUUGUAAGAGACUUUUUUCUUUGAGAAAUAUAUUAGAACAGAUGGCAGCAUCAAAGAUAGAGUGUUAUAUGGAAUUAGUAAUAAACAAAAUGGAAUUGAUUUUGAAAGCUAUUUAAGAUUUUAUCAGAUUUUUGUAUUUUAAAAUACACCUCCAGAUGUUUUAAUUCCUUUUAUUUCUAAAUUUUUUAUACUUAAUCAAGAAUCUAAAUUCAAUUGUAUUACUGUGGCUUAAUUUUAGUAAACUCUAAAGGAAUUAACAAACCAUCCAUAAUUGUUAGAUUCAAAUGAAUGUUAUGAAAAGUGGGUAAAAGCGCUAUAAGAAUAAAAAAUAUUUACUUAUGAUCAAAAUGUAUUGAUGCGCUAAAAAUUAGUUGAAUAGCUACUCUAAGAUACAAUAAAUCCAAAUUUAAUAUUAAAACUAAUAUUUAAGUGA